AUGGCUUUAUAUCCCACAUGCAUUGAUCCCUCUUCUCUUGUGGAUGAUCGUUCUUCCGGAUGUGUCCAGGAGGAGAUCACUUCCAGUAGUGGAACAGAUUCCCUAACCAGUGGAGAGAUUCCACGGAGCAGGUCAGAGGGGACUUUGAUUGAUGUGGAUGACCGGACACCUUCAGCCAGCUACAGUGUCAAUGAAAGUAAAUUGGAUUUGGAUAUUGACUGGCCUGGUGUAUUCAAACAUGCCCACGCUGUUUCCAAGACUAAUCCUUUCUGGAAUGAACUGUCAGCCUCCAACCCUUUCGUACAUGACAUAGCUGCUUCAAAUAGAAAUAAAAAUAAUAAAUACCUUUCGAUCUUAAAAGAAAAACCCUAUUUGUUCUCUAAAGUUUCUAGCAACAGGGAUUCUUUGGCUUCCUCAGGUGAUGAGCUAGAUAUUGACUGUCUUCUAAGAAAGACUUCAGCAAGAAGAUCUGGACGAUCCAAGAGUGUCUCUGACUUUCUGGAUAUUGUUGAUAACCAAAGAUUUAAUCCUCACAAGACAACACCUCAAAAAACUAUACCUUCAGAUGUGACAUGGCUUCAAAAUGACCGUGAAGCCUACAAGAUGGCUUGGUUGAGUCACCGACAACUCACCCGAUCUUGCCUAGAUUUAGAAGCCAUGAGCCAUAGUCCUGGAUGGGCACAAACGCAAGCUACAGACAUUCAUGUAGUUUGUAAACUGAAUCAUGAAGGAGGUUCAGUACAGCUACCUGACUCGGAUAUCAACAUUCAUGUCCCUGUGGGUCAUGUAUUACCUGGGGAAUUCCAAGAAGUUGGUUUAAAGGCUAUCCUUAACCCUCCAUCGUCGUUUAACAAUGAGCUGUCUAUCACCGUAAGUCCUCUGAUAGAACUUACGCUGAGCAACCUCAACACGAGGGAAGCCAUUUUCCUAGAGGUGAAAGUUGCGGCUAAAGUGAAGAAUGAUCCACUCAGCCAAGUUAUGAGUGAUAUUGUGUGUUUUUAUAGCCUCGAUAAAGAAGGGCCUUUUAAGAAGCUAGAGAAUUGCUACACUUAUCAAGAUACAAUACAAGUGAAGCUAAGGGACCUAAGUCACGUGAUGUAUGCAGUGAUUGCCGUACAAGCAAACAAAAUCCAGCCUCCAGCAACUAAUGUCUGGGACUAUGUUCAAAGAACAAUCUCAGUUGGAAUUUAUGGUCCCAAAUAUAUUCAUCCAACUUUUACAGCAGUUUUUACAGUUUUUGGUCAUAACUACAUUCCAGGAAAACUCACAAUUUGUGAUAUUAGAAAGGGGGGGAAAAAUAUGCCUCCUGUUGUGUUUCAGCUGUGGGGAAAACAUACAUUUCUGCUUGAAAAGCCACAAGAUCUAAACAUUUCUUUGGUAUCCUGUGAUCCAGAUUUUGAAGUGAAGAUGGAAGACCAAAGCAAAAAUAUUAAAGAGGAGGAGCUGAAAACUGGUGAAAUGGUCCGCCAACAAUUCCUGUUUUCCAUGCUUGGAUGUCGGGAGAUGCAUUUCUUUGUUUUCCUCGUUCAGAUUAAAGUCUUAAAAAGUAGCCAAGUAACGCAGUUCCAUGUUACAACUCCUGAUCCAGCUCCAAAAUUAAGUGGAAUUAUCAAUAGGCCAAAGCGCUUACAAAACCGCAAAGAAAUCAAGUCUGCACCUUUGCUUUUAAUACCAACAGUUAAAUAUCCAAAGUUUCAAGAUAAAACUUUGAGUGUUAAUACUUAUGGAGUGGCUUUGAAAACUGUGUUGCGUCAAAAUAAGAUUGACUAUUUGCUAGAAUAUUUUAAAGGGGACACAAUAGCAAUUCUUGGUGAAGAUAAAGUAAAAGCCAUUGGACAAACUAAAAUAAAAGAGUGGUAUGUAGGAGUUCUCAGAAAAAAGAUUGGUCUUGUACAUUGCAAAAAUGUAAAAGUGAUUUCCAAAGAACAAGCUAUGGACACUGCUGAUAGUGAGCUAACAACCAGGAAUCUUGUUGAACAAAUUGCAUUGCCAUUCAAAAAACUGACUUACAUCUACUCAGUAGUUCUGUCGACAGUAUCAGAGAGUGUUUAUGACUGGAGAGCUUUGGCUGAGGUACUAGGAUAUUCACACAUGUCUUUGGAUGACUUUAAUGAGGCACACGCUGAUAAAGAAUCAGAGAGAGUUGCGCAUGUUGUGAAGAGGAUGAAGGAAGACUGCCAUGCUAACAAAAAAAAAAGACUAUUUCUUUAUGAGCUCAUUGUUGCACUUUUAAAAAUAGAUUGCCAGGGAUUAGUGGCACGUCUUACCCAGGACACCAUCAUUUUGACUUCAGCUGUCAAGCUUGGCAAAUACUGGCGUGAGCUUGCGGAGAAGCUGGCCCGACUCACAAAGCAGCAAAUCGAGGCUUACGAAGUACCCCACCAAGGGAAAAAUGGCGCCGUAGCUCUGGAGAUGAUGUGGAAACCUGCAUAUGACUUUCUCUACACGUGGGGUGCCCAUUAUGGAGACAGUUACAGGGAUGUCUUACAAGACCUGCAAUCAGCCUUGGAUAAGAUGAAAAACCCAGUAACAAAACAUUGGCGAGAGUUAACUGGAACGUUGAUUCUUGUGAACUGCAUGGAAGUGUUACGGGCAAGUGCUUUCUCCAAAAUGGAGGAAGAAGAAUAG